UGGUCCCGGUCUGGUCCUGGCCUGGUCCCAGUCUCAGUACUGGUCUCAGUCCCGGACCUGGUUCGGUCCUGGUUUGGUCCUGGUUUAGUCCAGCAUGGAUUCACAUUCAGAGUGAUUUGAUCCCAUUUCAUCAACAUGAAAAAGUUAUUUUUAUUGUGAAUAAAAUGACGUGUAGAUUCAAAGUUUAUUGCACAGAACCGGUUUUUAUAUUAUCUUCCCGCAAAUUUACUCUCCCCUCAGAGCACCGAGCAGCAAAAACGAAAGUAAAAGUCAUUAAACAGUUGCGUCUUACUCGUUUAUGAAUGAACGAGGGUUUAUUGCGCGAAUAUAAUAACCGUAACCUCGCCAACAGAACAAGUCCGGAAAAGACUAGAACCCGCUUAAACUCGGACCGCGCUCCUCCAGACCAACACAGUCCAGUCCUGCAGUGUCCCGCGCACGAGCCCACGAACUCAAGUCACUCAAAGACCCGUGACGUUUACAGGUGGAUUACAGCCAGACCGUACACUGGACAUAUUGCUGUAAAACCCCUCCAGGACUGAAGAGGAGGACUAAUCCACGACUGAACUAGGAUGAAAACAGGACUAAACCAGAACUGAAACAGGACUGAAACAGGACUCACCGUCAGGACGGGCUUGGAGGUGACGCAGGAGAAAGGACCGGCUCAGCUCCGCACCUCACGGAGGUGAUGUGUGGGAGCUUCUGCUGAUGUAGACAUCUCUGCCCCAAAUAUGGACCCUGUGUCCACAGACCGGCCUCCUUCUCCUGCUCCGAGCAGCGUCUCUGUAAAGAGUGACAACUCCAGAGGAGAACCUCCAAACUUCAGCAAACCCAGGCCUCCUUCUCCUCCUCUGAGCAGCGUCUCUGUAAAGAGCGACAACUCGAGAGGAGAACCUCCAAACUUCAGGGAACCCAGGCCUCCUUCUCCUGAUCUGAGCAGCGUCUCUGUAAAGAGUGACAACUCCAGAGGAGAACCUCCAAACUUCAGUGAACCCAGGCCUCCUUCUCCUCCUCUGAGCAGCGUCUCUGUAAAGAGCGACAACUCGAGAGGAGAACCUCCAAACUUCAGGGAACCCAGGCCUCCUUCUCCUGCUCCGAGCAGCGUCUCUGUAAAGAGUGACAACUCCAGAGGAGAACCUCCAAACUUCAGUGAACCCAGGCCUCCUCCUCCUCUGAGCAGCGUCUCUGUAAAGAGCGACAACUCGAGAGGAGAACCUCCAAACUUCAGGGAACCCAGGCCUCCUUCUCCUGCUCCGAGCAGCGUCUCUCUAAAGAGUGACAGGUCCAAAGAUGAACCUCCAGACUUCAGUGAACCCAGGCCAAACGAAUUCUCCAAUUCCAGCAGUGUUUCCAGCACAAAUGAUGCUUCCGACUGGGACAAUCCAAGGCCCCACGAAACCACAACCUCCAGCAGUGUUUCCAGGUCCUCAGAGGCAGAUCCUUCCAGCGAGGAUCAUUCAAGUUCUGAAGGAGAGGAAGAGGAGACACUAUUUGAUGAAAUGGGCUUCCCAAAACUCACACCAGAUUCAACAAAACAACUGAAAAUACAAAAUACAAAAACAACAGAAAAAUAUGAAAAGGGCGUCAAGGAGAAGCUUGAUUCAGCAAUAUAUGACAUGAAAACAAAUAACAUUAAGAAGAUUGAUGCUUUGUUCAAACUAGAACGAACUGUCCUGACUGUAGGUGUGGCUGGGAUUGGAAAAACUUUUCAAGCCAAGAAAUAUGUAAAAGACAAAAAAAAGUCUAAAGGAAAACAACUGAAGAUUUUUCUGGACCUUGAGAAGUUAAAUUCUAAACAAAUGCAAAGUUUGACAGAUCUGCUCAGUGACUGCUUUGAGGGUUCCAAUCAAAGUUUCAACUACAGCAGUGAAGAGAUGACCAUCAUCCUGGACGGACUGGACAAAUGCACUCUCCCUCUGGACUUUGAAAACAACAAGACACUGAAGGACAUCACACAGAGCGCUCCAGUGGACGAGCUGCUGACAAACCUGCUGCAGGGGAACCUGCUUCCCUCUGCUCAGCUGUGGAUCCUGACCAGACCUUCAGGACAGAACAAGAUCCCAGAGAAAUACAUCCACUCAGUCACAGAGUGCGGAGAGACUGUGGAGCGCCACAAGAGACUUGCAUCAAAACUGAAAGAAAGGUUUAAAAAAGAAAAAGAAAUUCAAGACACAAAAAAGACCGAGCUCUUCUAUAAGAGCAGAGAUGCAAAUCCUGUGAAGAUCUCAUCACUCUCAGAUCUAUUCAAAUCAGAGAAAGAGGAGAGAGUCCGCACUGUGCUGACAGAGGCAGAGAAAGGGCUGGACCGCUCUUUCCACGUGCAGGAAUUAAUCAAAAAUUGGGCAAAGGCAGAAUCUAUUUUAGGACGGGCGGCAAGUGGUUUCUCUUCAUGGUUUGGGCGGAAAGACAAAGAGAAGGCAGUCCUCCUGUUUCCACUCAUGUCUUCAAAACUUCUUUUACAAAAGGAACUGAGUUUUGUGGAACUUCUGAACCAAUUUUUCAAAGAAACUGAGCAGUGUGUCAUGUCUGACUAUAAGAAUCUGAGCUGUGUGUUCAUCGUGGACGGUCUGGAGGAGUUUAAAGUGGACUGGACGGUGGAGGACAGAGUGAGAGACGUGUACGAGUCUGCCCCAGUGACUGUUCUCCUGAGCAGCCUGAUCAGAGGAGACCUGUUCCCCUCUGCUCUCGUCUGGAUCACCUCCACACCUGAUGCUGCUCAGCCAGUGCCCCCAGAGCUCCUGCACCGGACCACUCACAUACGAGAUAAAAAUGCUCUUGAUGAACUCUCCAAAAAACUGAAAGACAAAAUCAAGCAGAGAGUGAAGAGACAAGAGAUGGAGACUGAACUGUAUGAGAUCAAAUCUGACAAGCAAGAAAAAGUCCUCCUCUCAGAAAUAUUAACCCGCAGCAAAGUGAGAACAGUGCUCACCACAGGAGUCCCUCGAAUCGGCAAAACCUUUUACUCUGAAAUGUUCCAGUUGGAUUGGGCAGAAGGGAAAUUUAAAACUGACUUUGUUAUUUCAAUUCCUUUUGAUGAGCUCAAUCCAUCCUCACACAAAAGCCUAAAGGACCUCCUCAACCAGUACUUGGACUGUAAAGUGUCCAAGGGCUGUUACUACGAUGAAUAUAAGAUCCUCCUCAUCCUGGACGGACUGGACAAAUGCACUCUCCCUCUGGACUUUGAAAACAAUCAGGAACUGAAGGACAUCACACAGAGCGCUCCAGUGGACGAGCUGCUGACAAACCUGCUGCAGGGGAACCUGCUUCCCUCUGCUCAGCUGUGGAUCCUGACCAGACCUUCAGGACAGAACAAGAUCCCAGAGCAGCACAUCCACUCAGUCACAGAGUGCAGAGAGUCCGAGAAGAGGCGGCAGAAGCUGAAAACAAAGCUGAAGACCAUUUUUGAAAAAAAGUUUGUUUUUGAAGAAAAUCCAUCCCACCCAAACCAGAAAAACACAGAACACAUCAGACCAGACAGAGUGGAUAGAAAUGGAAGAAAGCAACAAAUCACAGUGUCUAGUCUGUUUGAGAAAGAAGCAGGUAAACCAGUAAGAACCGUGUUGACCAUCGGAGAAGCUGAGAUUGGGAAGUCCUACCUGGUGCGGAAAGUCUUACACGACUGGGUUACGUCUGACUGCAGACGGCCUUUUAGUGCCAAUAAACAGACAACAGUCUUUCCUCUCACAUAUUCACUAGUUAACACACUCACACAAACACUGAGUUUUGUGGAACUUCUAAACAAAGUCUUCAAAGAAACUGAGCAGUGUGUCAUGUCUGACUAUAACAAGCUGAGCUGUGUGUUCAUCCUGGACGGUCUGGAGGAGUUUAAAGUGGACUGGACUGUGGAGGACAGAGUGACAGACGUGUACGAGUCUGCCCCAGUGACUGUGCUCCUGAGCAGCCUGAUCAGAGGAGACCUGCUCCCCUCUGCUCUCGUCUGGAUCACCUCCAGACCUGAUGCUGCUCAGCCAGUGCCUCCAGAGCUCCUGCACCGGACCACUCACAUACGAGAGAAACCAGAUAUUGUGAGCCAGCGUAACCUCAAGAGGACGUUGAUAAAACAGUACGAGUGGGUGUCUGAAGGUGUAGACAGAUGUAAGACCACUGGUGUUUCCCUGAGGGACGUCUACACCAACCUUUACAUCAUUGAAGAGGAGAGAGAUGAGGUCUGCCAACAAGUGAGAGCCAACUGGUCCAACGGGGAAAGAACAUUGAACUGAGGAAGGAGAUUCCCAUUAACUACAAGGACAUUUUCAAACCCUCUCCUGACAGACCAAAUGAUGAUAUCAAAACUGUACUUACAACUGGAAUAGCAGGCAUUGGAAAAACCUUUGCCUCGAUGAAGUACAUGUUGGACUGGGCUGAGGGAGCCUCCAGUCAGAACGUAAACAUGACCUUCCCUCUUCCUUUUCGAGAACUGAACCUGAGAAAGGACAAGGAGCUCAGUUUGGAAGAACUUCUAUAUGACUUCUACCCCUGCAUGAAGACAUCAGAAAUAACCAACUAUGAACAGUACAAAAUCCUGUUUGUUCUCGAUGGAUUGGAUGAGUGUCGUUUAGAUCUUAACUUUGACUCGCAGCCGAUUUUGUCAGAUAUUACUCAGAAAACGACACUGAAUAAUCUUUUGACUAACUUGAUUGUUGGAAACCUGCUUCCCAAAGCUCAGCUCUGGAUCACCUCCCGCCCUGCUGCGUCUCAGUGUAUUUCUGCUGACAAAGUGGCGCGAGCGACUGAGGUCCGAGGAUUCAACGAUGAGCAGAAGGAGGAGUAUUUCAAAAAGCGAUUUGAUUCAGCUUUGGCUGAGAAAAUCUUGUGUCAUGUAAAAGAGUCCAGAUGCAUUUAUUUGAUGUGUUAUAUUCCUGUUUUCUGUUGGAUCACCUCCGAAGUUCUGAAGUCUUUCGUACAAAAUGAUCACCAGGGGAUCCCAAAGACCCUGACAGAUCUGUUCAUUCACUUCCUUCUGCUGCAGUGCACACAGGCCAAUGCCAAGUACAAUGAGGACACAGAAGAAGGUUCAAAAACCUGGAAUGAAAGAAAUGUGAAAAA